AGCCAUUUUGCCUCAAGUCCUUUGGACCAAAGCACUUCCUUGCUUUCCACCGUUUAUAAGCUUACACUUAUCGACGCCACUGGCUGCGCAACUCUGGCGAGCAUGCGGCGAUGGCUGCCCCUCGCCGUCGCGUGCCUGCCCGGGCAGGCCUCUACAGUCGGCCCUGGACCCGCGGCGGGGCGCCGCGCCGCGCGCCGACGCCGCGGAGGCCGCGGGGAGGGACGGCCGCCGCGGCAGCCGGCCAGCCUUCGUCGCGGAGGCUCCGCGGCGGGCGUCUCUCGCGGAGAAGGCCCCGCAGGCGUUGAGGCGCAGCGUCCCCUCGAGCCGCGCCAGGGCGCGGAGGCCAGAGCACGCCGGGCCUCGGAGGCCUAACCUCCUGGAACGAGGCCGCGGCGGGCACCACGCUGCUCGAGUUUGGCGACCGGGGAUGGUAUCCUCUGGGGGUUGAGCUCGCGGUUGGCGAUUGGAUCGAGGCGGGACUCCCACCUCGAUCCAACCAUGAAAUCAUGACUCCCGUGGGAGCGUCGGAAAUUCAUGAAAUCUCAAGUCUCGAUAUGGCCGCGGGCACCAUCGAGUUGAUGACCCCGUGGGCCCAGACGCACACUGCAGGCUCAAUUGUCAGUUGUCCACCAACACCUGCACCAACGAUGGUUGUACUCGACGACCCGCACGUGACCAACCUGCAGGGCGAACGCUUCGACAUCCGCAUGCCGUCGUCCGAUUGCGUUUUACUCCGCGUGCCGUUCAGCAACGAGGACCCGGAGCAGCUCAAGCUGAGCGUCAGCCUGGACACCGACGGCGUGAGCCCGAGUGGGCUCUACGUCAAGUCGGUCGCCUUGAGCGGCUCGCUGCUCGACCAUCAGGUUGUGCAUGCCCGUCCGCGCACGCGCAAUGCCGCUGGGUCCAGCCAGGCAGGGGACAAGACGUGGACUGACUUCUCAUUGCAGGUGGGCAACUCGAUCUGGAGAGACUUCCACUUCCCGAAAUCCGAGGGCGUGGGCGCCGACAUCCCGGGCGCGAGCGUCGGCGUCCUGACCCCCCGCUUCUCAGGAGCGAAAUAAGGACGUACACGUACAUGAGUCCACGCUGGUUUCGAGAGCACGCGUUGCCCGAAUGUUUUCUAUCACGCGGCCAGUGUCGCGGAUCGAAGGGCCGUGUUCAUGUACAUAGCUGGGCGCGUACGUCCUUUGUGGGCUCCCUAGCUUCGUGUGGAGGGAGGAAUUCGGGCAGCGCGUCGAGGCGUAGGGCGUCGAGCUCCGCGUCGGCAGGGUGGAUCGGCCAGUCGUAGUCACCAUCUCGCAGGCCAAGCACCAGGCCCCGAACACUGCGAUUGAGCGUUUCGGCGACCUAGGCCACAGGAGGCUCGGGGGCGCCCUCGGCACCGAGGGCCGCAGCGCAUCGCUGGAGGAGCCCAGUCUCAACUGCCGCCGCGAGCGACGCCUGAACCCCUCCCACAAGCAGGAGCGAGACACCGACUGGGACAGCGUUGAGGCGGAGAGGGCGCCGUUGUCGUCUAUCAUCAGCGCGUCGUGGCAGUGAGCGGCCACGGCCGUGGCCGAGCGUGACCCUGGUGGUGCUCGGCCGGGCAGCUGGUCUGGGGUUGCCCGCUUCCUUUUUACAUAUAUAUAUAUAUAUAUAUACAUACAUAUGGAUUAUGCCGUUGUUGCUCAGCGUUCAGCAAUGAUGCGACAUUCCAUCGAAAGCUGUCUCAUCCCAUGUUUGUCGAUCCUAUUGCGCGUGUAUGCGCUUUGCAGAAAGCUAGCGGUCGGCCUACGCGUGUAGCGCAUUGUACAAACAAGGUCAGAACAGGUGACCGCGAGUAUAAGAAAGAGGUCACAUAUCGAAUGGCCUUCGGCCCAUCCCGCCACCGUGCCUGGGUUGUGGGCCAUAGGCCUUUAGGAUGUUCAU